AUGGAGAAUGACGAUGCUAGUGGCGACCUGCUGCCAUCCGUCGAUCAAAUUAGGCUCGCGCGGCACGUCACUGGCUUUCCCAAUGAAACUACGAGAUCAGAUUCGCAUUUUGAUGGGUUCCUUUUUCGAAAGGCAGUUGGUGAUCUAGAGCGGCUGUUGACCGAAGCUGUUACUUUAACAUCCUUGGCGCUUCCGCCCUCACACGCACGAGAACGAUUCCAAUAUCCAGACUGCUCUUCAGAUCAGUAUAGUGAUGAUUCUCUGUCGGAAGAUACGCAAUCCAUUAUCUCAGACUCGUCCGACUACGGUGUCGCUUCUACAUGCGGGUCACAGGACGAUAGUGGUAGCUUUGAACCACGGCGUCAUUUACCUGGGGUUUCUGAUGGCAUUGAUGCACUCUGUUGGCACAAAAGCGGCCACCGGCCUAUGGAAAACUCCCAUGCUGAAAGUCAACACGUCACUUUUAAACUGCCCCCUGAGCACAUGACGCAGCAUGAUGGUAAUGGUGAUGUGCGUGGUGAUGGCACGCGGAAGUCCCGACGGCGUCCAACCGGCCAACAUGCCAGCGCAGUCGCAGGGCCAUCUGGCCUCAGAGAGCUACCUCAUGAUUAUGACGUUAAAGAUUCGCAAAGGCCACAAGAUAGAGAUACUCUUAGUCGCCGAUCGAAACCCGAUCCCGGUAUCAGUCUGCACAAGAGAUCCCACUACGCAAAAGAUUCGUCGCAAUAG